AUGGACGUGAUUCGACAGCUAGUUCAACAGGCUAAUUUAGCCAGCUUAUUAGGUUUACAUUUAGCGCUUUCACUUUUUGGUGCGGUUGCUUCCAAUCCAACUUAUAAUAUUCCUAUCUUUUUCUUUGGGUUUUGGGCAUACAAUUAUCAUGAAUCAAGCUCACCGCUGAAAACAUUUACUGGCAUUCUUGGCUUGAGUAUCUUGUUGGAUUCGAUAUGGUUUUAUUUACACAGUGGAAAUCCUCAAGGGGAAAGUGGAUUUGGAUUUGCUCUAUUCUUCAACUAUAUAAGCUUUUUUGUCAAACCUCUCUCCGUCUAUGCAGGUAUCGUUCAACUUCAAGAAAGAGGAGACUCAUUUAGUGCAGGAAAUUGGUCUGAAGCACCAGGUGCAUUUCCUUCAGGUGGAUACCAGAAUGUUCGUGAUGCUGAUAGUAGUGAAUUUGCAUAA